ACCGUCGACCCUCCUUCUGUUUCAGGCACAUUUGUAUAACUUACGCUCCAUGGUUUCAGGCCGAGCGGUUCAUUCCUUGUGAUGAGAUAGGUUUUUAUCCACCACUUCCGUCUCUGGGUCAACUCACCGACUGUGGGUGUUCAAUUUGCGCGUUGUUGCAGAUAAACGUAAUUCGGCUCAGGAACCCCGCAGGCCUCUGCUGUUGGGCGGUGGUGGAGUGUGAUUGACAGCGUACAGCACAGAGCGAGAUGAUGCAACACUAGAGGGGGAGGCCGGCUUCAGUGCACAUCAUGAACGGCGAAGAGGAGUUCUACGAUGCCGUGACGGGUUUGGAGUCGGACGAGUCGUACGAGGGCGUGUCGGAGGCCAGCUUUAAGGAUGCCAUCGUGUUUGAGGGAACGCAGGAGGACAGCGACGGGCUCCCGCAGGAGAACGGGGUGAGGGAGCGCAGGACCACCUUGCCGGCGCCUAUGUUUUCCCGGAAUAACUUCAGCGUGUGGGGGAUCCUGAAGAAGUGCAUCGGACUGGAGCUGUCGAAGAUCGCCAUGCCCAUCGUGCUGAACGAGCCCCUGAGCUUCCUGCAGCGCAUCUCCGAGUACAUGGAGCACACGUACCUCAUCCACAAGGCCUGCAGCAUGCCCGACCCUGUGGACCGCAUUCAGGCUGUAGCUGCGUUUGCUGUCUCUGCUGUAGCGUCUCAGUGGGACAGAACUGGCAAACCCUUCAACCCUCUGCUGGGAGAGACUUAUGAGCUCAUCCGGGAGGCUGAGGGCUACCGUCUGAUUUCGGAGCAGGUCAGCCACCACCCCCCCGUUAGCGCCUUCCACGCGGAGAGCCUGAAGCAGGACUUUGUCUUCCAUGGCUCCAUCUACCCCAAACUCAAGUUCUGGGGCAAGAGUGUGGAGGCUGAGCCUCGAGGAACCAUCACUCUGGAGCUCCUGAAUCAUAAAGAGGCGUACACCUGGACCAACCCGCUGUGCUGUGUGCACAACAUCAUCCUGGGUCAGCUGUGGAUUGAGCAGUACGGCACUGUGGAGAUCCUCAACCACAGCACUGGGGAUCGGUGUGUGCUGAACUUCAAGCCCUGCGGGAUGUUUGGGAAGGAGCUGCACAAAGUGGAGGGCUACAUCCAGGACAAAAAUAAGAGGAGGCGCAGGGUGCUGUAUGGGAAGUGGACGGAGUGUGUCUGGAGCGUGGAGCCCCAGGAGUACGAGGCGCAGCGCAAAGCGGAGAGGAAGGGGGUCGGCGACGCCCGCAAACACAAGCAGCAGGACGAUGUGGCUGUGCUGGAGAAUGAGGAUGCAGACGACAUGCCUGAGGUGCAGGAGACCGUUGCCGUGGUACCUGGCAGCACGCUGCUAUGGAGAGUUGCACCCCGCCCUGCUCACUCUGCUCAGAUGUAUAAUUUCACCAGCUUUGCCAUGUCACUGAAUGAGCUGGAACCAGGGAUGGAAGGGACCCUCUCCCCCACAGACUGCCGUCUGCGCCCCGACAUCCGGGCCAUGGAGAACGGUGAUAUAGACACGGCCAGCGCAGAGAAGGAAAGGCUAGAGGAGAAACAGAGAGCAGCACGGAAAGAACGCGCCAAAGAUGAGGAGGAGUGGAGCACGAGGUGGUUCCAGUCAGGUACGAAUCCGUACACCGGGUCCCAGGACUGGCUCUACACAGGAGGGUAUUUUGAUAGGAAAUACACCGACUGUCCUGACAUCUACUGACGGGGGGGCCUUCUCCGCCCCCACCUCAAAAACGGCUCCAUAUCAUCUCGUGUGGAGGCUCUGAGUGGGUGCGGAUACCUUUUUUUUUUUUUGUUUUCUUUUUUUUAAAGGGUUUUAUUUUUAUCCGAUCGUUCCAGCGUCUACACUAACUCGCCUAACCCAACGGACAUCUUGUAUAGAAACAGAAAAAUCAGGGAUACGGAUGCUUAUUUGACUGAAGAAUUGUAAUUUAUUUUAUUUCGGGGGGUAAGGUAGCUGUGAUAGCUGUGAAAUGUUGUUUUUGUUUCUUUCUUUUAUGUCUUUCUCUUCUGAUGAAUAUGCUCGUUGUCCAUUUUCUGUGAAGUGAAACGGUACAUGUAGGUGUACACACAUGCAUAUCUGUGUGUCUAUGUUUAUAUAAAUAAUAUAUAUUACUGCUCACACACACUCACACGCACGUAGUAUUUGCUAGGAGGCCCCUUCCAUUUACAAGGCGCCUCCUAGACACCCCCGGUGUGGUGUGUAAUGCCCCUCCGGCGUUUGUCA